UCGAAAGUUUACGCGUGUUGGAGACGGCAGGGUCUUGUAAAUAAAUCAAGAAAUCGUAAUUAAGUUGCAAUAAUUCUUUUAUUUAGUCUUACUACUUAGCAACGCUACAUUUUGCUGUUAAGUUUAACGUUUAUAUUUUUUAAGGAUAUUAUUAAUUGUAGCAUUCGGAAUAAAUCGACACGUGAUUGUUCAGUAUAAACAAAUACAAAUACUAAUUUGUUGUGACCGCCGAAUUUAAAAUGGUUGAUCAGAAAAAUGUACUAGUGAUCGGUAGCGGAGGCCGCGAGCACGCCUUGUGUUGGAAGUUGGCGGAUUCGCCGUUCGUUCGUCAAAUUUACUGCGCGCCGGGUAGUGUCGGAAUUUCAACAACAAACAAAGUUCAAUCUGUCGAUCUCGAAGUCAAGAACUAUCCAGUACUAGCACAAUGGUGCAAAGACCACUCUAUCGACCUAGUCCUAGUCGGCCCAGAGGACCCACUAGCCAACGGCAUAGUAGACGGACUGAUCACGCACGGCGUGAAGGUGUUCGGGCCCACACAGGCCGGAGCCCAGAUUGAAGCCAGCAAGGACUGGGCUAAGGGGUUCAUGGCGCGUCACCAGAUACCUACCGCGCGGUAUAAGUCAUUCACGGAUGCUGCGGCAGCUAAGGCUUUUAUUAAUAGCGCCAACUACCCAGCAUUGGUCGUAAAGGCCUCGGGUCUCGCGGCCGGCAAGGGUGUGGUGGUCGCCGCCACAAAGGAAGAGGCCUGCCAAGCCGUGGACGACAUCCUUACUGACGCCAAGUAUGGCACUGCCGGGCAAACUGUCGUGGUAGAAGAGCUACUGGAGGGAGAAGAGGUUUCGGUCCUCGCCUUCACCGACGGCGAGACCGUCUCCAUGAUGCCCCCCGCGCAAGACCACAAGCGCCUCGGCGACGGCGACACAGGCCCCAACACCGGCGGAAUGGGCGCCUACUGCCCUUGUCCCCUCAUAACUCCAGAUCAGCUGCUGGAUGUGAAGGAUCAGGUGCUGCAAAGGGCUGUAGACGGACUGAAGGCUGAGGGCAUUAAAUAUGUUGGUGUCCUAUACGCUGGCAUGAUGAUAACGAAGUCUGGCCCCAUGACACUGGAGUUCAACUGUCGCUUCGGAGACCCGGAGACGCAGAUUCUGAUGACACUUAUGGAGACAGACCUCUACACUGUCUUGAAGGCUUGCGUGGAGGGCACUUUAAAACAACUGCAAGUCACAUGGAACACCAAACUAUCUUCGGUCGGUGUAGUCAUAGCCUCAAAAGGAUACCCAGAGACUUCCACCAAGGGAUGCGUCAUCAGUGGUCUCUCCCAAGUCCAGUCGAACCCAGGCGUAGUGGUGUUCCACAGCGGCGUAGCCCGCGGCGCUAACGGCACUCUAGUGACCGCCGGUGGCCGAGUUUUGCUCGUUUGUGCUCGAGCGGCUUCCCUUCGUGCUGCGGCCGCCGCCGCCGCUGCUGCCGCGGGCGCUAUAGACUUCCCUGGCAAGCAGUACAGGAAGGACAUCGCGCACAAGGCCUUCUCCAAAAUCAACGGUCUCUCCUACCUCCAAGCCGGUGUCGACAUCGAUGCCGCAGCGUUGCUAGUGCGCAAGAUCGAGCCUCUAGCCACUGGGACGCAUCGCCGCGGCGUCCUAGGCCGGCUGGGGUGCUUCAGUGGGCUGUUCCAGCUCGCGGCCAUGGACCCGCUGCUUAGGGAUCCCGUGCUGGUGCAGGGGACUGAUGGAGUCGGAACUAAGCUUAAGAUAGCGGAAAUCAUGAAGAAGUAUGACACGAUCGGCCAAGACCUGGUCGCUAUGUGCGUGAACGACAUCCUCUGCGCUGGAGCGGAACCCUUCGCGUUCCUAGACUACAUGGCAUGUGGAAGACUACAAGUUGAUGUGGCAACGACCAUUGUCAGCGGCAUCGCUGAUGCCUGUAUACAGUCCGGCUGCGCGCUGCUGGGCGGUGAAACCGCAGAGAUGCCCACAAUGUACGACAUCGGGAAAUACGACCUGGCCGGCUUCGCAGUAGGAGUCGUCGACAACCACAAACAACUGCCUCGCACCAGAGAGAUCAGAGCCGGCGAUGUUGUGCUCGCCCUGGCGUCCACUGGCGUGCACAGCAACGGGUACAGCUUGGUGCAGAAGAUCAUGUCGGAGACUGGGCACAGCUACUUCGAGAAAGCGCCAUUCAGCACCGCCAACAAAACCUUCGGCGAGGAGUUCCUCGCACCGACCGGGUUGUACGUGAACGCGCUCCUCCCGGCCGUCAAGAAAGGCUCCAUCAAGGCCAUGGCCCACAUUACUGGCGGAGGCCUGCUUGAGAACAUACCGAGGGUGCUGCCAGCUGGGGUCAAGGUCGUGAUUGAUGCUUUGAAGUUCAAGAUCAAACCUAUCUUCGGAUGGUUACAGGCUAAGGGUGGCGUCUCUGACUUCGAAAUGCUACGUACGUUCAACUGCGGAGUGGGGAUGGCGGUGAUCGUAGACCCGGUGUGUCUCAACGAGGUUCUAGCCUCCGUGCCCGAGAUUCAGGUCAUCGGCACCGUGCAGAACCUGGGCAAGGAAGGCGGACACCAGGUCGUGGUGGAGAACUUCAAGGAAGCCAUGGCGCCGCUCACCGAGCCGUUCGGAGGCGCGCAGAGCCAGGGCUUCAAGUCGCUCUCGUACAAGGACAGCGGCGUCGACAUCGAGGCGGGAGACUCGCUCGUGUCGCUCAUCAAGCCCCUCGCUAGGUCCACAUCUCGUUCGGGUGUAUUGGGCGGUCUCGGUGGUUUUGGAGGUUGCUUCCAGUUGAAAGCUAUCGACCAGGAAUACAAGGACCCAGUCCUCGUCCUGGCUUCCGACGGCGUAGGCACCAAGCUACAGAUCGCCCAGAAGAUCAACCAACACAACACCAUUGGCAUCGAUCUGGUGGCCAUGUGUGUUAACGACAUUCUCUGCAACGGCGCCAGUCCUCUUACGUUCCUUGAUUACUUCGCUUGUGGGCGACUAGAUGUCAGUGUAGCGAGGGCUGUGGUGUCCGGAGUGGCUGAGGGUUGCAGGCAGGCACAGGCUGCGCUUAUAGGCGGUGAAACUGCAGAGAUGCCUGGAAUGUACGAUGCUGGAGUAUACGACAUUGCGGGCUUCGCGCUUGGUGUUGUUGAGAGGAGCCACAUCCUGCCAAAGAUACAGGAGAUCACGGUCGGUGACACGAUCAUCGGUCUGCCCUCGAACGGAGUUCACAGCAACGGCUUCAGUUUGAUUCACAAACUUGUGAAGAAGGCCGGCUUGACGCUCAGCGACAAGGCGCCUUUCAGCAAGGAAGGAUUGACUUUAGGCGAAGAGCUAAUCAAACCGACACGCAUCUACGUCCGCGCGGUACUCCCAGCUCUACAACGAGGACUAGUAAAGGCCGCGGCACACAUCACAGGCGGAGGACUGAUGGACAACAUCCCCCGCGUCACGCCCGAGUGGGUGCGAGCGCGGCUCAACGCGCACUGGUGGAACGUGCACCCCGUUUUCGCAUGGAUCGCGGAUGCCGGCUCGGUCUCCGACGAAGAAAUGGUACGGACCUUCAAUUGCGGCAUCGGUAUGGUCCUCAUCGUCUCCCCCGAAGAUCAAGCUGAGGUGAUGAACAUCACACGGGCGUAUGGUGCCAUGGUGAUCGGCAGCAUUCAAGCGCGGCCCGCGGGCGGGGCGCGCGUCAUCGUCGAUAACUUCGCCUCCGCACUCGACUUUACCCGGCGGAUGCCCACUCUGCCCAGUAAAAAGGUGGCCGUACUAGUAUCUGGUAACGGCAGCAACCUGCAAGCAUUAUUGGACACAACUCGCGACCCUACGCAGUGCAUGUGUGCGAAUAUAGCCCUUGUGAUCAGUAACAAGAAGGAUGCUUUCGCUUUGAAGAGGGCGGAGAAGGCCGGAGUUCCUACGUUGGUAUUUAACCACAAAGACUACAAGUCUCGCGAAGAAUUCGACCGCGCCAUCACCGCGGCGCUAGAGGCACAUAAAAUAGACAUCGUCUGUCUCGCCGGCUACAUGAGGAUACUGUCCAGCGAAUUUGUGAAGAAAUGGAAAGGCAAGCUGGUUAACAUUCACCCGUCACUACUGCCGCUACACCCCGGCCUGGGGGCGCAGAAACAGUGCCUGGAGGCCGGCGACCGCGAGAGCGGGUGCACGAUACACUUCGUCGACGAGGGCAUGGACACAGGCCCCAUCAUCCUCCAAGAGCGCGUGCCCGUUCUCAAGGACGACACCGUGGAGACCCUCACGGAGCGCAUCCACUCCGCAGAGCACCGCGCCUUCCCGCAGGCCCUCCGCCUGCUGACCACCGGCCGCGUCCGGCUCAGCCAGCAGGGCAACAUCAUGUGGUACUCUGGUUAGAUACCUAUGUAGUCCGUGACACAUCGCUAGCUAUAUCUCAAAUAGGCAUAUUUUUAUAUAUCAAUGUCGACGACACCACUGUGUGGUUUGUUUACGCUAAAUAGCAUUGGCAGAGCAAUACUAAGACGCGAAUAUUAAUGCAGAAUAUUUUUGGCACAAUGUGGACAGCUAAGAUGCGCUGCUUUAAGAGCCAACGGGAGUGGUCAUUUCUCCAUACAAACGUACUCCUCGUUUUCCUCCGUGGUUUUUGAAGCUAGAGCAAUGAUUUUUUCAACACAUUAAUAUUGUCAAUAUCUGUGUCGGACCGUUUUGCUUUUUUUGAUAUUUUUGUUUUUUAAGGCGCUAGAGCCCUUCAAAAAUGGCCAAAAUGGCCUAAUUGACUAUGCCGCAAUGAGAGGCGUGGCACUCAAAACUGAUAUCAAUUAGCCAAAAAAGCAAAACGGUCCGACACAGAUAAUUUCAUAAUCAUUUAGAUUUCCAAAUUUGGUUACGAUUGGUUAAGUUUUGGAGGAGGAAACAGAGGAGUACGAAACCUCGAUUUUUGAGAUUUUUACGCAGGAUUUUUCGCCUUGUCCUUAUCGCACUACUUUUAGGUGCCGCUUCCGUUAGCGAGACGGGUAUAUUUACCUAAAAUAUUUAAAACUUAGCUCCUGUUUCGUCUUAAGCAUCUUACUUAUUCCUUUGUGUAUGCUUUACCUAUUAUGACCACAAAACCUUUUCUUUAAUAAGAAAUUCAGCAAAGCCGCUGUGGAUUUUCUAUUCUUACAAGUAUACCCAUUUUAAGGCUCCUACAUGCCGGCGGGCAUGCUGCCAACAAUGCUUCCAUUGCCUGCCGGGCCUGAUUAUGCCGGCGGCAUACAUGCGCGGCAAAACCCCGGCGGCACAGUGUGUAGGAGCAUUUAUAAAUAUUUGUUACGUUAGUAAUGUUUAUGUUAUGUUUUAGUAUCUUUUUGAUAUCAUCAUCAUAUUACUCGUACAAGCUUAACACAUUCACUGCCAAGAACACGUAUGCGUGUUCAUUUUGUACUGGAAACGGGGCGCCCGGCACCGAAAGCGUUAAAAUCUGCUUUUAUAUUUUGUACAUAUUAUCAUCACAGUGCCAUUUAUUAAGUAACAUUACAACGAAUUAUCUUCUUGCUCAGUGAGGGACCAAUUAGUCUUAAAUUGUAUUUUUGUUACGUGGGACCAAACCUAGAAUAUUUUAUUUCUUGUGAUUUUACAAAUACCUGUAAAUUUGUAAGUAAUUUAUAGACUUAUUAUCUAAAUGAUAUUGCGCUAUAUUUACAUAAAACUUACGACAUUUUUCUUCUGUAGUAAAUCUGUAUGUACUCUUUUUUGAUAUGACACCUAAAUAUUGACUAUGGUGUAGAUUUUUUGUGAUACUUAUUCACUCGUCACAUUUACAAGUCUUAUGUUUUAUUGUGUGUACGCUUUGUUCAAGUUUAUUGCUAGAAUUAUGUGUAUUUGUUUUUGGGGCAAAAUUCUUUUCGUUGUAUUGUUUCUUGUCCCCAAAAAAUGUGACGGAGUGGACCUUUUUGUAUGGGGUGUAAUUUAGGUUUAAAUUUUUCUCAAGCGAAUUAUAAUCUAUGGCUAGAAAGACAUGCAAUAGCACUUUUUUGAAGUGAAAACUUCUUUAGCAGCGCUGUGCACUUUUUGUGAUGGGGAAAAAAUGUUAAACUCGCGAGAGCGUAAGACGUGACGUCACGUGUCAUUGAGAUUUUCUUUAUUGAUUUAAAUGUCAUCUAGUGAGUUUCACUCUAACUGGUAUAAUAUAACUCGAGUACUAACAGUGAUGUGCUUAGGGGUUUCAAGUAAUGCGACGAAAUAACGCUAGAUGGCGUUAACCUCAAUUAUACAUUGUGAAAACUUCUUUAGUGGCGCUGUGCAAUGUCAUUGAGUUUUCACUUUUGCCGGCACUCCCGGAGUGCAACUCGUUGUUUUUUUAUUUGAUAAAAGAUAAAAAUAGAAGCGUGGAGGAGUGGUCAACGAAACAACGAAUAAGACAACGAAAAGAAUUUUGACCCUUUUAUAAAUAAUAGAGUUAUUAAGCUAGCACUGUUUAAUAAUUUGCUAUUUAUGAUUUCCAAUCAGUUCUGUUAUAGGUAUUUUAUUCACAGCAUUUAUGAAUCGCUAAUGAAGUUAUAGUGUAGCGCUGUACUCAACAGUGAUAAUGAUAAAUGUAUUGUUAAGGAAAUUGUGUAGUUUAAAAUAUGUUAGUAAUAAAACAUUUUGCAUUAA